CUUGCGCCUGAAAGUAUGCAACGUUUGUUUUUUUUUCGCACAAUGCGUAGGAAUAGGAAUUACGUAUUUUAAUACAUAUUACGUAUACGUAAGUGGCUGCAAGUUCAUCAUCAAUCAUACGCAAUGUUGCUUAUCACAGAUAUUAUGCGUUAGAAAAAAAAGGGCUAUUAAUGAAUUAAGUGCACGCCAACAUAAAUCAGAUAGGUUUUUUAUUUAUUGCCAAAAAGUACAUACAAAUGCUUGAAUAUAAUACAUAGCCCUCAAUACUCAGUGGGUUAACAGCAAUUCCAAUAAAAGGCUAGUGUUUAUUUUUCGACGGCCGCAUAUCCGCCAGCUGUGCCUGUCCAGCGAGCAGUCGGGAAAUCCGAGAGCCACCGUACUAUAAUUAGCUGUCCCUCCGAGAAAAGCGAGAACACUCGCACGAUCGGAGAGUUUCCGCUGCGGCGGCGGUCAGUAGCGUUUUGAUUAUCGACGGAAUCGAGAGAGAGUUGCCCUUACUGCAGGCCGUCAUGUCCACACCUAGCACACCUGUUCCAGAGGAGCCGAGAUCCUCAAACCAAAUGACCAUCAGUGCGUCCACGCAGGAGUUAGCCGACCUGAUAGACAUUCACUUGGGUGAACUGCGACCACAGGAUCCCUCUUGGCGGGUGGCCGACUCACCCAUUUCCGGGCGUGGCAUCUUUGCCACCAGGGAGAUAGCACCGGGCGAGGAGCUCUUCCGGGAGCACACGUUGCUGGUGGGUCCAACGGCUCAUCGGUCGACCAAUCUGCGCACUUGCACUCUUUGCUACCGCCUGAUUCCGGGCUCCACGGACUCGGCAGCCCUCUGCCCGGCUGGCUGCGGAUUGCCAGUUUGCUCGGAGUGUCGGGACUCCUCGCGUCACGACCUGGAGUGCAAGCUCUUUCGCAAGUGGAAGCCACUGGAGAGCCAGAGAAUCGAACCGCGCGCCCUCCGAAUUCUUAGUGUUGUGCGAUGCUUCUUUCUGGACGAAGCCGCACGAAAGUUGCUGUAUGCCAUGCAGGCCAACAUGGAUCGGUACUAUAUGAAGGAGGUGCAACGGGCUGCCGAUUGCUUCAAGCACUUUCCGCGGGAGCAGGACAUGUUGGACUACUUCUACCGCACCAUCUGCGCCUUCAACACCAAUGCCUUCGAAGCCCGUAGCAAUGUGGAUGGCCACGAGGUGUUGGUGCGGGCGCUCUUCCCUUUGGCUGGACUCCUGAACCACCAGUGCACCCCAAAUGCGGCUCACCACUUCGAGAACGGGGAAACCAUUGUGGUGUGCGCCACCGAACGGAUUCCAGCUGGAGCCGAGAUCACCAUGUCGUACGCCAAGUUGCUGUGGUCCACGCUGGCCAGGAAAAUAUUCCUCGGAAUGACCAAGCACUUCAUCUGCAAGUGCGUCCGAUGCCAAGAUCCCACGGUGAGUUUAUUUGUUAGCAUACUCUACUUUUCCGCUUGGAUGAGGCACUGCAUCGCUAUUGUCGAGAAGUGCCACCGAAAUAGCUCAGUCGAUAGGGCCACAAAAAUGUCAACACAGGGGCCUACGAGAAGGGGACUUUCGACAGAGAUACAAUAUUGGGAAGAUGCCCAUUUUCAAAUUAGGCCACAUAAUACAUUUAUGUUUCCAAAAUGAAAAUGAGUGAUAUAACAUGAAAUUGGCUUAUUCAAAUGCUUUGCUGCUAGGAAUCGAGCCCCUUGUUAGACGCCCCUGGAUUUAGGCCAGGGGAAUGCCAAUGCAAGUGUGAGCGUGAGAGAAACAUCCGAUGAGCAAUUAAUCAAUGCGGUUAAGUGAAUGAUUAAGUCAGGACAGCUGGCCGAAAGCGAAAGCACAAGAUGAUCCCAAAACGUGUCAUAUUGAGGAUCCGCCUUCAGUGAGUACUGCUAUUGUGGUCAAGAAAAGCUCACAGACGAGUAAUCAGGAUCACAAAUUCCUGAACGAAACAGAACGCAUGUUCCACAUACAAAUAUUUCGAUACCCUCACAAUACUCGUAACUUUCUUUUUUUAAUGACAUCUGGUUGCAACUACGAUUGGCUAUCGCACUGGGGGCAAUAACCAGCUAAACGUUUGCCCACAAUGUAGUAGUCGGUUUAUUCUAUUGUAUAUAUCAUUCAAUUCGGGCAGUUUGCCAAUGCUGCCAUAUUGGAGGCGCCCCAACUAGUUUAAGUAUCCUCACACACACAAGCCCCCACUGAAUUACUUAUAUACGCAUUCAGAUACUGUCAAAGAUCGCAUAUCACGUCAAAACAGCCUAUUUCCUCCCUACUCUUCAAUACCCCUUUGACCCAGUCGCACGUCAAUCCACCAAAAUACUUGUUUUCCCUUUUGUUUUCGCUCGCUCUGUGCGCCUUUAAAUAUAAAAUUUUAGCACAAAUUCUCUAAAACUUAAACGGAAUACCCAGCAAGCGACCUAGCGAUAAGGAAUCUUUCGAAAUUUGUCGAGUACUUCGUUCUAUUUCGCCUAUAAUAUGUACACUUAUUGGCAGUACAAAACAGUCUUCAUUUCAACUGUUCCACCUUUUUUGGCCAAGGUAUGGAGAAAACCCCGUUAAAAAAAAAUAAUGUACCAUU